AGCGGCCGGAGCCUGAUGAGGUGGCGGCGGAGCUCGGAGGCGGCCCCAGCGCAGCCUCCGGGGACGGGGCAGCCCCCUCUGUCCCAGCCACAGGAACCGGGCCGAGCCAGCGCUGCUCCGGCAGCGGCUCCUGCCGAGGCAGCGGCCGCAAGGAGACCGCGGGCAGCCGCUCCCGCAGCGCCCUCACGCCAGCGGCAACACGCGCCGGACACGGCACAAGGAACCCGCCUGAGCCCCCUGCCGCCCCCGAGGCCCGCAGCGAGCCCCGAGCCCCCGCACAACCCAGCGCGGCUCCCACCUGCGCUGCGGCCGCCUCCCAGCUCCGCCGCCGCCUCCUCACCGGUGGGUCCCUGGAUGAUCCGGUCACUCCCAGUAUGUUCCAAAUCGCUCCCGGAAAUAGCAGCGCCAAUGGCGGGGCCGGAGGCUGCUUUGAGGGCGGGGCCAGGGCUGUGGGCGGGACCGCAGCGGAGCAGCGCCAUGGCUCCGGCGCUGGGUCUGGGGCUGCUCUUGGGGCUCCUGGGGCUCCUGGUGGACCCGGGGGGCGCGACCAAAGUUCUCCACUCCCUGCGUUACCUGAAUGUGGCGGUGUCAGAGCCCAGCGCGGGGAUCCCCCAGUUCAUGGAUAUUGGAUUCGUGGAUGGGAUCCCCUUCAUGCGCUUCGACAGCGAGCGGGGCCGGGCAGAGCCGCUGACACAGUGGAUGAAGGAUGGAAUCGAGCUGGAAUAUUGGGAUAGGGAGACCCAGAUUGCUGAGGGGAACCAGCACGUGUAUGCCAGGAACCUGGAGAUACUGCGGGAGCGAUACAACCAGAGCAGGGGUCUCCACACACUGCUGUGGGUUUACGGCUGUGACCUCCUGUCCGAUGGGAGUGUCCAUGGAUCCCGCCGGAAUGGCUACGAUGGGCGGGAUUUCAUCUCUUUUGACCUGGAAUCCAGGAGAUUUGUGCCAGCCGACAGCGCUGCUGAGAUCACCAGGAGGCGCUGGGAACAGGAAGGGACCAUGGCUGAGGAUUGGACGAAUUACCUGAAGCACGAAUGCCCAGAAGAGCUCCAGAGAUUCAUUGGAUAUGGGCAGAAGGAGCUGGAGCGCAAAGAGCCCCCUGAUGUCCAUGUGUCCGGAAGAGAGGAACACGGGACGCUGAUCCUGUCCUGCCACGUGUACGGAUUCUACCCCAACACCAUCGCAGUCAGCUGGAUGAAGGGGGGUGAAACCUUGGAUCAGGAGACGGAGUGGGGCGGGAUCGUUCCCAACAGCGACGGCACCUUCCACACCUGGGCCAGGAUCGAGGCGCUGCCGGAGGAGCGGGAGCAGUACCGGUGCAGGGUGGAGCAUCCCGGAAUGCCAGAGCCCGGGAUCUUCGCUUGGGAGCCGACAUCUGGCGGGAAUCUCUUCAUGGUGGUUGCUGUGUCUGUCAUCGCUGCCAUCCUCAUCCUCAUCUUCAUCGGAUUCGGCGUCUGGAAGCUCCAAUCCGGGAGGAGGGACAGGAAUGGAUACAACCCAGCAGCCGGAAAAGAUGUGGGAACCAAUGGCUUGAGCACAGGAAUCACUGCCUGAGCGAUCCAUGGAGCUGGAUCCUGCCCCUUCCCUCUUCCCCGGAAAGCCGAGAGCUGCCAGCAGAGCUCAUCCCACUGCUCCCACCCACCCCCGCAGCUCUUGCUAACAGAUCCAUUUCCCAUUUUCCACUGUCAUAAAGGCAAGAACCACAAAUAUUCAUAAUGCUUCACUUCUGGUGUGAAAUUAUCCUGCUUUGGGCAAUAAAUCCUGCUUGGGGCAAUAAAUCCGGGUUCCCUCCUCCA